UGAUACGUUAGCCCUCAUGUACUAAACAAUUUUCUGUAAUUAAGCUGAAAUGUCUUCUGCUUUUGUUACCAUAAUUAUUUUUUGCUUAAUAUAUGUUUGCUCUGGAAACCGUUAUGUGAACAAUCGACCAGUAAUCGGAAUUGUAGCACGAAAGACGAGUAGCCGGGUGCUAGCAACAAUCGGGUCAUCUGUUGUUGUGGCUUCGUACGUAAAAUUUAUCGAAACCGGUGGUGCCAGAGUGGUCGUCAUCAAGGAAGGACAACCGUAUGAAUAUUAUCUGCGCAUAUUUAACUCAAUCAAUGGCGUAUUCAUGCAAGGUGGAAGCAUAAAGGAUGCUAGGUUAAUGAAGUCAGAAUAUGCACGUGUGGCUAAAAUCAUGCUUGAUCUAGCGAUUGAGAGUAAUAAAAAUGGCGACUAUUUUCCAAUAUGGGGGACGUGCCUAGGCUUCCAAGUGUUGGCUUCGCUGGUUGCUGGCAAAAACAUCCGGCUUGGUGGCUUCGAUGCUGUAAAUAGGGCUAUACCAUUGGUGAUAGGACAAGAUUUUAACACCAGUAGAAUGUUUAAUGUAAUGUCCACGCCGGCAGAUCUCUUGGAAGCAGUAACCACAGAAAAUAUAACUUACCACAACAAUGAAAAAGGUAUUACUAAUUGGAUGUUUAAGCAACAUGGUCUAGAUGAGUUGUUCAAAGUGGUAACAGUGAAUACGGACCGGAAAGGUCUUGAGUAUAUUUCAUCCAUUGAAGCAAUUGAUUACCCGUUUUACGCUGUUCAAUGGCACCCAGAGAAGACCAUGUACGAGUGGAAUCGGUACCAAAACCCGAAUAUACCGCGAACUACUAAUGCCAUCCGCAUCGCCCAACACCUUGCAAAUUUCUUUGCCAGCGAAGCCCGCAAGAGCAGCCAUACAUUCAAAAGUGAGGAGGAAGAGUUACCUCAUCUGAUUUCCAAUAUACAACCUAUCUUUACUGGAGGCAACCUCACAACUUACGAACUCUGCUACUUCCUAGAACGACAUCAAGGUGUGAGUCCGUAGUUUCAGUACACAGAAAAACACUGAAAACCUCCUCAUGGACCAUGCAAUGAAAUAUCAAUGUUGCAAAGAUCGUAUCGGGCCUAGCCUGUGAAUGAAAAAUUUAUCUUUUUCAGUUUUUUUUCUCUUUUCUGGCAAAGCCACACUUAUUCAAUAGUAAAAUACUUAUAAUCUGAACAUAAUAUUAAUGAUUUUCAGAAUAAGAAAUUGAAUCUGCAUAUUCAAAAUCAAAAUAUAAAACAUUGUAAAUUAGACCACUUUUAAGUUUAUCAUCCUACAACAGACAAUACAAUUAAUCAAUUAAUAAUGAUUUUCGCUCUUUUCAUUUUCUUACAAUUUAUUUUAUAAACCACUUAUAUUUGUUUCUUUAAACUCAUUUCUUUUUUUCUAUUUCGUGUUGGUAAUUAACCCACCUUCAUUCAUACAAUAUAUCAUUUUCUCCAACGUUUUAUAGCAAGUCUAUAUUUGACCAUUUUUUAAUGGCGACUUCUCGUCGUACAGUAUACUCCAUUUUAUUCUUAUUUCUAAUUCACUCUUAAAUUUUAAGAACAAUUUAUUGUCGACAUUUGUUAUUUUCAAUGUCAACCUGUUUUUAAAAAUGGUAUACAUAGCAAUAGUGAUUACGGUACCUGAUUCGUUACAUUAUAAUUAUCCAUCAAUUCUGUUGAUCCUAACAUAAUAAUUUGAUACGAUAUUUGUAUAUUUCUUAAUAAAAUUCACAGAAUGUAUUGUAUUUUUUGCCAGAAUCCAUUUAAGCGUUUACAGGAGAAAAACAAAUGUUCUUCGUCCUCUACUUUGUUACAUAUCACAUAUUUCUGCAUCGGCAAUAUUCCAGAGCAAUAAACGUUUUCCCGUUGGAAUCGUUUGUGCAACAGUUUAAAGUUAAAUUCUGCCAAUUUUCUCUCUUCAUAUUUUUUACUUUAGACUGCCAGAUAUACUUCCAGUCUACCUCAUUUUGUAAAUCAAACCUUUGUUCCCAUUUUAAUUGCGAAAUGGGUUUUACUCCGACGAUGCUUCUCAAUACAUCGGAACAUGUUUUAGAUGACAAAAUAUUUAUCAAAGUGUUUUCCUUCUUUUUAGUAUUAAAUAUAGUAAUCAAUCUUUAUCAGUCUAUAAUUUGAAAACGUUUCCUGACGGGAAUUGAUCCAGCGAUAUAUCGCUGUCCGAUAUCUCGCUGUCCAAUCAAGUGUCAUAUACCCUCAUGUCUGAAUAUCGGUAAUACAAAAUUGAUAAACAAAAGGUAAAAUGUAAACGUAAGUUAAAUUAAGGAGUAUUAUGAAAUUUGAUUUCUAAGACACCAUUAAACAUAAUUAAUAUUGGUCAUGUCACGAAUUGUAAUUAAAAAUAUUAAUAAACCAAUAGCCUAAAUUGAAUUUUA